CCAUCGCUCGUCCCCAACCUCCCCCGAUCCCCUCCUGCCCCUGGACCCAUCGCGACGGUGCCUCCCUCUCCCUUGAUCCGGCACCUCUCGCCGCCGUCGCCCCGGCCCCGACCCUGGCGCGCCUCCCACCGCCGGCCCCCAUCCCCCAACGCGCCUCUCGCAGCCGUCGCCCCGGCGCGCCUCUCUUCAUCCAAGAUCACCUCCCACUGCCUCCUCCAUCUCGCCGCUCCCGCACCUCCAUCCUUCAACGCGCCACCGCCCUGCAUCUCGCCGCCCCGGCGUGGCUCCGCCCCCAACCCGCUGGCGCGCCACCACUGUCAAGGAGCCGGCGAGCCACCUCCGGCAGAAGGUGCGGCACCCUCACGCACGCGACUCCGCCCUAUCCGAGUGUGCAGCCUCCAUCUGCACCUGCAGUGCCCCGUCUCCACAAGCACCUUUGGCCCAUGGCGUAGCUUUCCCCAUCCAUCGCGUGCGGCCUGCCCUUGCGUCUCUAGUCGAACUUCCGCAGCUCCUCUCUCUGUUUCCACACACGCGACACCAGCUGGCUGCCGUUCACAUAGUACAUCGGCCGUAGUCCAUAGCGCGUUGACACUCCGCCAACUUGCGCGUGCCACGCCGAGCGCAGGUCCGCUGGGGCGCACUUGAACUGCAGUGCCUCUCGCAUCACUGUGGUCUUGCGUUUCUUGCCGGGAACCAAGUGGGCAGGCACCAUGCGCUCCCAAAAGUCCCAACCUUCCUGUCAACAGCCGCGACAGUGGCCUUCUCCCAAGCAGACCAACUAACAGCAGCAAGUUGCACAAAACUGAUUACCUUUUGCAGGCAGAAAGAUGAUGAAGAACACACUGAAGCCAAGAACAAAUUUCAACUUGAUCUGAAGAAAAAGGGUACAAGAAGCAUCGGAGAUCAUGCAAGUUGCUUCGGAGGGCGCCCAAUGUCAGGGGGUCCAUUACGGCUGUUUUCUCAAAAAUCAAGAUGUUCUGCUAUGUAUUUGAGAGAGGGGAUAACGCAUGGCAACACUGAAUGGAUGAAGGUGAGAGAAGAUACUAAGGAAAUGUGUGGUGGAGAAAUGUGUGCGCUAUAAGUUAGUGCCUUUUCUUAUAUAGAAAAGGGCCCAGUGUGGAUAGGUCAUUUAAGAAUAUUUGUUGUCAAGUGUGCACCGUGUUUUCGCUGCUCGUUAUGCUCAGAGGAUUCCCAAAUUUCCAUAGUUUUGAAGACACAUUUUACAUAUUCUCCUCUUCACUUUUUGUGUAUGUUUUACGUCUUAGAUAUUUGACAAAAAAAAUCUCAUGUCGAUCCCAGGAUUAGAAUAAGUAUUCUGAUCACGAUCGACCCUAUAAGGGUGCGAGCAGAUGUUCCUGGAUCCAAAAACCGAUCGAGCAGUCCAAAGUAAAAAAAGAAAACUGCCCUGACCCACCUCUUCCACAUUUAUCGUCCACCUUCUCCCCCAACCACGCCUCCCAGCCGUCGUCCAAUCCCACGGUGCGACGCCGCCGCAGCACGCGGCACGCCAUUGCACCACCUCUCAGCGCGCACAUCCACACCAUGCGCCGCCGCCUACCUUGCGCGUGCCGCCAGCCACAUCUCGUGGUUUUACGCUGCCCGGAUCCCGCCGCCCCACCUGGCGUCAACGACGGCGCCCCAACCGACCCUGCAGACCCACUCCCGCGCCCCGUUCUCGUCCCUGUACGCCCCCGCCACCCGCUACUACCUCCACUGCAGGUGGCUUUGGACUUCAGCGACAAGGCGAGCUCAGAAAAACUCGCCGCCCCUCAGGUCGAGCUCAACUGCUCGUGUCUAAGGUCGCUCCUCCCGCUGCUCGUCACCGGCCAAGAUGGUGCGAGGCCGAGCUUUUGCACCAGGUCAACGGGACCUCCCGUCGGUGACUCCCUGAGACAGAGGCAUGCACAUCCUCGUCCGCCUUGUAUGCCGUCCAGCAGCCCUUCUGUCGCCGCGUCUGUGAUCUGCCUCCGUAGCUGCCAUGUUGGUGCCUACAAGUUGCAACCUGUAGUCAAGAUCCUGGGUGCUCCAUGCGUCUCGCUGCAGUCCAGAUUGGGGUAUAGACACCGUCCAAGCAACAUUUCUGUUCAGGGUCCUCAGCACCACCAGAUUCCUGGAUGUCCUUGCAGGCCAGCUCCCUAGGGAAUAUGAUGUGGUGUGUCAUGUAAAAAAAUCACAGAUGUUAGUUAGAGAGAAAUCGUUGCUUUCCUAUAAUUCUCAUAAGUGUGGUCUCGUGAGUGUGUCAUGUACAAUUGUUCGUGUUUAAGAAGUGGGUAAACUUUUUAUGCCUUUAUGUUAGAAAAAACUGGAAUAUGAUAAACCCUUUUGGUUCUUUUUUUGUUUUCUCUUUUGUAAAUAUACUUAUUAUUAAUGAAAAUUACCCUAGAACAA